GGGUGGGACAUGGACUGUCUGCAGAACAGAGUGUGAUUGUCAUCCAGACUUAGUUAAGUCGUAUUCCUGGGCCAUUGUACGGUGUGGUGUAACUCAGGAUUGUACAAACUACACUGACAGCCUUUUUCUACUGACAAUGUCACAAAGACUUGGCACAAGAUCUGAAGGUUUAUCUAAAAUAGACCUGAAAAUCUCUUUGGAUGAAUGUAUGGCUGCCUUGGACCUGUUUCUAAGCAACAGAUUUGGAGAUGCCUUGGCCAGACUUCAGCCCAAAGCCAAAGACAGUAUGUAUCAUUCUCUGACGUACGCCACCAUAUUAGAAAUGCAGGCCAUGAUGACCUUUGAACCCGAGGAUAUUAUCAACGCUGGCAAUGUGAUGAAGGACGCCCAGGCCAUCUGCCAGAAGUUUAGGAAAAGAUCGACCGUUGCAGAUUCCAUCAACAGCCUGGUGAACAGGCACAGCUCUGAGCAGUUCACUGAAGAGGAGAUGCACGCUGAAGUCUGCUAUGCAGAAUGCUUACUACAAAGAGCUGCUCUUACCUUCUUACAGGAUGAGAAUAUGAUCAGCUUCAUCAAAGGGGGAAUCAAAGUGAGGAAUAGUUACCAGACGUACAAGGAACUCCUUCAUAUUGUACAGUCAUCAAACUACAUCAGAGGUGAAUACCACCGUCAUUUCGAAGGCGGUGUUAAGCUUGGAAUUGGGGCGUUUAAUCUUACAAUUUCCAUGCUACCAACGAGGAUCCUGCGACUUUUAGAAUUUGUGGGAUUUUCUGGUAACAAGGAAUAUGGUCUGGUACAGCUGCAGGAAGGAGCAUCCACACAUAACUUCAGGGCUCUACUAUGCACCAUGCUACUGCUGUGUUACCACACGUUCAUGAGCUUUGUAUUAGGAACAGGAGAAGGAGAUGUUGAUGAUGCAGAGAGAUUACUGCAGCCUUUCUUUGAACGCUACCCAAAGGGAGCCAUUUUCCUAUUUUUCACAGGAAGAAUUGAAGAGAUCAGAGGCAAUAUUGAUGCAGCUAUUUCACGCUUUGAGGAAUGCUGUGAGGCUCAGCAACACUGGAAGCAGUUUCACCACAUGUGCUACUGGGAGUUGAUGUGGUGCUUUACUUUCAAGCGUCAUUGGAAAAUGGCAUAUUUCUACGCAGACUUGUUGAGUAAAGAGAAUUCCUGGUCAAAGUCUACGUAUGUAUACAUGAAAGCAGCCUACCUCAGCAUGUUUGGAGAAGAUGAUUACAAGCCCUUUGGGGAUGAUGAGAUUGAACUAUUCAGGAAAGUGCCGAGCAUGAAGCAGAAAAUCGCUGGCAAGUCUCUACCUACAGAAAAAUUUGCCAUCCGCAAGGCUCGGCGGUACCUUAACCCAAAGCCGAUCAAACUGCCAGUUCCUGCUUUGGAAAUGAUGUACAUUUGGAAUGGCUACACAGUGAUCGGAAAACAUAAGGACUUGACUGAAGGGAUGCUUGAGACACUUAAUGAGACUGAGAGGGCACUUGAUGUUGCACCAGUGACCGAAUGCCUGAUGGAUGAUCAGUGUCUUGUGAAGCUGCUGAAAGGUCUUUGUCUGAAGCAUUUGAAUAAGCACUUUGAAGCAGAGCAAUAUUUCAACUGGAUUUACGCAAAUGAGAAGAAGAUCAGAUACGACCAUUACUUGAUUCCAAAUGCUCUACUUGAACAUGGUCUUCUGUGUAUGGAACAAGGAAGAAACGAAGAGGCGAUAAAGUCUUUGGAAAAAGCAAAGCACAACUACAAGAAUUAUUCAAUGGAGUCGAGGACACAUUUUAGAAUUCAAGCAGCCCUCCUCAAAGUGAAAUUGCACACAGAAAAUGGAGAACAGUCCUUACUGUCUACACCAUAAGAUGCUUUUAAAUUAUAAGCGGUCAGCAAAUCUGCACUGACCCAGACUUGCAUCGGAAAAUUGUCUGGGGAAAAAGGCACUCUCUUAUUGUGUUGAUAAUCGGCAUCGAAAAACAUUGGUUAUAAACAGAAUUGCUGUUUGUAGGGUUUGUCGUGUGUGGACUACUGGAUUGACUCAGGAAAAAUCAGUAAAUUGUUGGUUUGCGAUGGCCACAUGUUUAGAGAAUCAUCCAAAUUACAGCACCAACAGGAAGAAAUUCAGUCCGCGGAUCAUUCGCAAGCCACUUCAUUUGCUGUUGUUCAUAUGGAUGUAAAUUUGUUUCCACCUGGUAUAUAGUUCCAUCCUUGAAAUGUUUAGUCUUUGGACUGGAAGUAAGUGGACGUUUCCAGUCUAUUGAAGUUUAAAAAAAAGUUCAGAGUGGGAUGUCAUGGAAAACUGAUGUAUGAAAAUAGCUAAUACGUUUCAACAAUGAUUAUUUUGCAGCCACUUACAGAAAUAUUCCUACAUUACACAUUCCCUUCCCCUCCCUCCAGGUUUUAGAACAGACUUUGGCUGAGGUGGGACAAAAUGAAGGACCACUAAUAUGAUGGAUGUGACGUUCCCUCUUUUUUGGGGUCAACCAGAUUUCUGAUCCAAACCUGAAACUUCCACAUAAACAUGGAAAUUUCCCUUUGCCUGGAAUGAAGUGAAAGUGCACACGUUUUCCAGAGAAACACACCUCGUUCACCUCAUCCCAGAAGAAAAAUAGACUCAGGGUGAUGAGAGCCAAAGCUUAUAGACCUAAUUGGGAAACAAAAUUAGCUAGUUAAACAUUCAAGUUAAAAAAAAUCGACUUCAUACUGAGCGAUUAAUAGUUUUCACAGAACAAGUUUUACUAUAAUUGACUUCUUCUGCCACUGUAUGAUAAGACUGGAUCUUGCAUGUUUCCUUACUAUUUCAGUCAACCAGAAGUGUCUCCCUUUCUCCAUCAAUGCUGGAGGUUAAAGCUUUAAAUUGUUUGAAUAGGAAAAUAAAUAAUAAUCCUUGCAUUUGAUGUAAUGCUUUUCAUGACUUUGGGACGUCUCAAAGCGCUUCACAGAAUAUACUGUAAAUUGAAUUGACUGUAUAUUUGUGGGCGAAACGUGGCAGCCAAUUGCGCACAGCAGCGUCCCACAAGCAGUUGUGGAUUGAGUGAUCAAUUAUUGUUUUUUUUCUUGAGGGAUUAUUAUCAGGUGUUUGGAGUAAGGAAAAUUGCGCAAGGUUUCGCCCUGCCAGGAAUCAAACCCAGGUCCCCGCUUAAGAGGCGAGUGCUCUAACUACUGAGCUACAGGACUCCACUGUAUGCUUGUAAAUAACUAAACUUUGCCUUUUAAAAUGUUAUUUAUUUUUGUAAAUGUCUUGUGUUCAUUAAACUGUGCUGUCAGUUC